AAUUGAUUAUGAGGGCCUUUUUUCGGUUCAGGUAAAGGUUGAUAAUUUGAGCAUUUCUUUAUGUCCUUUGUAAUUAUAUAUGACUACACUAUUAUUAUUUUUGACAAUUUUACCCCUCCUCUCUCAGCCCUAAGCGACAAAUUGACCACCGCCAGCCAUCCAGCCACUACAUACACUGAUACACCCAACAAAACCAUCCGAUACUUCCACCACAUCCUUCACUAAUUACCAACCACUCCCACGAACAAGUUCCAAGUACUAUAGGAUGCGAAGGUUCCAAAAAUAAGGGACUAAUACGAGGAUUAAACCCCUAAUCUUAUCCUCAUAGAUGUAAAGAGGUAAAAGAGCUUACCGCUCUUCCAGCCCCUCAUCCUCGCAAAAUUUAUCAUCAUCAAACUACUGUACGUGCAACAUAAAUACCUACUCUGCUCCAAUCCACUUAGCAGCUAUGGCCUUUUAGGCUUUCAGCCAGUGAAAGAGUUGCCCAGAGUUAAGUUCCAAGUACUGGUACCAAAAGACAGUACAAAACAUUUACAGCAGUACAAGAAGAGAUCUAUAGUACUAGGUAAAGCUAAGUACAGUAGUAAGUAGAGCACAAACUUAGUGGAUUUACUAACAGACAGCAGGCAAUUGAGUCCAAUAGUAAGAAACAUGAAGUUGUCAGUUGAUAAAGUAGUUUGUAGGAUAGUCAACUAGUGUUCCUUUUGGCCUACCUUUGAAGUGUAGAGUGCCACUUAAAGUUGGUAUGAUUUGAUAUGAUCCAAGAAAGAUACGUUAAGGUGGGAAUCCUAAGCUCGACAUUAGCAACUGUUUCACUGACCUGAGUAUUGUCUUCUGUCCUACCAAAACAUCACUAUAUGGGCCAAUCUUACUUCAGAUAAUAUUUCUAAUCUUCCCUCUCACUUUCGCUAGUGUUAUUCCUCCUAACUCUUUCUCUCACUCUAGCUCGCUCGCUUCUAGAACAACUCUUCUGUUUAAUACUCAGCAAAACAACCAUCAGCAAAAAAAUUUGAUCCUCAGGGUUGUAGGAUAGAUAUGAUAGUUCAGAGUGAUUUAGCGACAGGGUUAACAUCUAACCAAGAACAAGCUGUCCAAAAAACAUAUUUGGACAUGGAGGAGAACGGUCAAGGGUGGUUAGAUCUGGGUUUGACAACAAAGCCGGCUUCUAUAGCUGACGAACUGAGUUCUUCAAGACCGGUUCCUGCUAAAAUUUUCUCAUGUAACUUCUGCAUGAGGAAGUUUUUUAGUUCCCAGGCUCUUGGAGGUCACCAAAAUGCACACAAGAGGGAAAGGGGUGCAGCAAGAAGAUUUCAAUCUAAAAGGAUGAUGUCGAUGAUGGAGUUACCUGUCAACUCACUGAUGCAACGAUCACUAGGUGUGCAUCCCCAUUCACUGGUAUACAAACCACUAAGAGAAGAUUAUCCAUUUGCUGGAAGAUUUAAACACUCAGAUAUAGGAAUUGCCACUCCUUGGAACCAGUUCAUAGCUGACAGCACAACAGAUGUCCUGUGGCCUGGGAGUUAUCGCGUGAAUUUGCAACCAGUUGAACAGCAACCAGAGGAAUCGAAGCUUGAUUUGAAUCUCCGGCUCUGAAUGACUUUCAAGCAAUCUUCCUUAGCUUCACAACCCAGGCUUUUUAUCAAGCAUCAAGAACACGACUUUAUGUGAACCAAGCCUCUGCAAAUUCCUAGUCCAGGUCUACGACUUCCCAGAGUAAGAUUCAGAGUGGUCCUACCUCUAAAUACUCACAAGUGUUAACUGUACAAGCUUCCACUUGAAUAUAAACAACGUGAUGCCCAAUAAUGCUAAAUUUGCUGAAGUACUGUAAUUUACAUAAUCAAAUAAUGUAUAUGAAAUUUAUGCAUAUAAAAAAGCCAGUUAUCUUUAAGUUUUCUUCUUUA